GAGAGAGAGAGAGAGAGAGAGCUAUUAACUACGGAGCACAGCCACCACACUCCACUCGGCAAAGUUCACUGAAAGGCGCAGAGCCGAAGAGUCAAACCGGAACAUAUCGUGCGUAAGAGAACGAGAGAGUAAAGAGAGAAAAAUCUAUAGAAGAAGCGUCGAUUAACCAAAAGUCAUCGAAAAGUCCAACUCUCUCUCUCUCCGUCUCAUGUGAUUACAUUUGCCGUCCUCUUUUUUCUCUUUAUCUAUGGUUCUUUGAUUCUUCUUUUGAGAGUGUGUGUGAUGAAUCUGCUUCUGGGUUCCUUUGUUUGUUAGAAUCUCAUGCUCCCAUAAUCAUAGAAGCAUUCCUUUCUGGGUUUUGUUAGAAGUUAGAACAGAGGAAAGAAACAGAAACCCAUUUCAAUUCGACCCACUUCGCGUCUCUCUCCGUAGGGUCUGGUUGGAGCGCACCCAACGCGGUAUUAUUGAUAGUUAGAAAUGGGUAUAUAUCUCAGCACCCCGAAAACUGAGAAGUUCUCUGAAGACGGUGGGAAUGACAGAGUCAGGUAUGGUUUGUCCUCCAUGCAAGGAUGGCGUGCAACCAUGGAAGAUGCUCAUGCAGCGUUUCCAGAUCUGGACACUUCCACAUCUUUCUUUGGUGUUUAUGAUGGUCAUGGGGGUAAAGUAGUUGCUAAAUUCUGUGCGAAGUACCUUCACCAACAGUUUCUCAAAAAUGAAGCAUAUUCAGCGGGUGAUCUGGGUAUUUCAGUGCAGAAAGCAUUUUUCAGAAUGGAUGAGAUGAUGCGGGGUCAGAGAGGAUGGAGAGAGUUGGCUGUAUUGGGAGACAAGAUAAACAAAUUUACUGGCAUGAUAGAAGGGUUGAUAUGGUCUCCAAGGAGUGGUGAACCUAAUGACCAACUUGAUGAUUGGGCUUUUGAGGAGGGGCCCCAUUCUGAUUUCUCUGGACCAACAUCUGGAAGUACAGCUUGUGUUGCAAUUAUCCGAAACAAUCAAGUUGUCGUUGCAAAUGCCGGUGAUUCUCGGUGUGUAAUAUCUAGGAAGGGGCAGGCAUACAAUUUAUCAAGAGAUCACAAACCUGACCUUGAGGUUGAGAAAGAAAGGAUCUUAAAGGCUGGUGGUUUCAUUCAUGCUGGAAGAGUCAAUGGAAGUUUAAACUUAGCAAGGGCUAUUGGAGAUAUGGAAUUCAAGCAGAAUAAAUAUUUGCCUGCUGAAAAACAAAUUGUCACUGCCAAUCCUGACAUAAAUACUGUUGAGCUUUGUGAUGAUGAUGAUUUUAUCGUGCUUGCAUGCGAUGGCAUCUGGGAUUGCAUGUCAAGCCAGCAACUAGUUGAUUUUGUGAGUGAACAGCUGAAGACUGAAAGCAAGCUGUCAGUGGUCUGCGAAAGAGUAUUGGACAGGUGUUUGGCACCAUCAACGGCUGGUGGUGAUGGAUGUGAUAACAUGACCAUGAUCUUGGUGCAGUUAAAGAAACCGGGAGAGCCUGUAGCACCCAUAGAGGAAGAGUCAUUGCCAUCUGAACUGGCAGAAGCGAAUCCAAAACCAGCAGAGACCGAUCCUAAGCCUGCAGAGAAUGAAGAAAAUUAGAGAUAGACUCAUGCUCAUUGGAUGGUUGGAUCCUAUUCUAGUUGACAGGAUCUCUGGUGGAUUUUUUUGGGGGGGAUGGGUUCUCUUUUGACUUGUUAGACUUGGAUUCUCACAACAUGUCUGUAAAUGUAGAUAGUUAUAGCGAAAACUGAGUAAAGAGAAGUUUUAGCAAGGUUUUUUUUUUGUGUAUUUGUAUUUGCCUAUUAUUGUUGUAAUAAAAUUGUACAGGUGCCUCUAA